AUGUUUCUACGGACGGCUCUUCUCUCCUUGUCCGCCCUUGCGGCGGCAAAGGAAAUGCCAAAAGAUGACUUCAAGGCGGCAGAGCUCUACGACUCUGGUAUCAGGCACGCAAACAACGUUGCCCUGAAGAAGGAAUCGUGGGCACGACAGGAAGCUGCUGGCAUGUACAAGUCCGCUCAGUAUGCCGAGAUCAAAGACAAGGUCGAGUGUGUGAACGGUACCGCCAUCACAGGGAACGAUGUAUUCCGAUGCCAAAAUAUCGAUCUCCUGCACUUCCUGUCGCACGCCGAGCUGGGUAGCACACGCGGUGUCGGGUCUUCGUCAUGGGAGGACGGCCGUGAGUUCGUAUGCAUCGGCCAACAAGACGGUGCUGCCUUCGCCGAGAUUACCAAGGAGGGCAAAUUGUCAUACCUUGGACGCCUUCCAGCGUACUCUACACCUAGUACUUGGAGAGAAAUUCGAGGCCAGAACAACUUGAUGAUCAUUGGCAGCGAAGCCGAAGGUCAUGGAAUCCAGAUCUUCGACAUGAAGAAGCUGGUCGACAUUGAUCCUGCUUCACCGGUGACAUUCAGCAACUCCAAGGACCUCGUCGGCCACUUCAAAGGCCUUCCGGUUGGUCGAACGCACAACGUUGUGACUAACCCGGAGACCAACUUCAUUUACGCGGUCGGUGCUGUGCCAAGGACUGACAAGUGCAAGGCUGGUAUCAUCUUCAUUGAUAUCACCGACCCCUCCAAACCAACCAGCCCAGGAUGUGCAUCCGGAGAUGGCUACGUGCACGAUGCUCAGUGCCUUAUCUACCGUGGCCCAGAUGCAGAAUUCGAAGGCAAAGAGAUUUGCUAUGGUUACAACGAGGACUCUCUCACCAUCUACGACGUGACGGACAAGAAAGCUCCUGUCAUCUUGUCCAGCACCUCGUACGAAGGUGCUGCGUACACGCACCAGGGCAAUGUUCUGGAUCCCAUGAACCAACAGUACUUGCUUCUCGAUGAUGAGUACGACGAGUACGACAAAGUCGGCCCUGGCGCUCCUGGACAUCCUAUUACCUACAUUUGGGAUAUUUCAUCCCUCCGUGCGCCAAAGCAGACGGGACUGUACAAGAGUGGAGCAAAGGGUAUCGACCACAACCAGUAUGUCGCCGAUGGCUUUGCGUACCAAUCGAACUACGGCACAGGUUUCCGCGUUCUGGAUGUUCGCUCUAUUCCCAGUGAUCCGACUGGUGCUGGUGUGAAGGAAGUCGGCUUCUUCGAUGUUUACCCCGAGGACGACAACGCGGCAGGUGGCGGUACCGUUGACUUUGUCGGUACCUGGUCCAGUUAUGCGCUUUUCAAGAGCGGCCAUAUUUUGAUCAACACCAUGGAACGCGGUGUCUUCAUCGUCAAGAUGCAGACACAGUAGGAGAAAUACAUGAAAGAUGACAUGGCUUUGUCUGGAAGAGCCAAUACUAGGAUUGUUUAGUGUUAUAAUGUAGUGUAAUGUCGAUCCUUGCUGCUCUACGUACGCCUAUUAGGCGCGGGCUUCCCCACA